ACUCCUUCAUGAAAUCUUUAAGAAAAUAUUUGAAGACUUUCGCAAAAUUAUGAUUUAUCGUUGACAUGAUUAGUCUGUGUUUUCUUAAAAGAAUUCGCUGUGUAGCAUUUAAAGAAAAGUAUUGAUACUUAUUUAAAAAAACAGAAUUAUUUUAAUAUAUUCCUUUUAUUGAUUAUUUCGAAUGCUUACGCAUUGCAAAGGAACCUGAAGCCGACGUCAACGAACCCUAAUAUCGUCACGUAGCAACCUAGCAGGUGCGAGUCAACAAGAAUCGUGACUAUAAUCAAUGUGUAAGUCGCGUUGUAUAAUUGUCAAACCAGCAUCUAAUUGCCAAGGAAAGAUCGUUCGUGACACGCAAUCAGUGUCCCCUGCGAAAGUUUUCAAACUCGAUAAGACGAGUUCGAGCGAACUCCUCGGUAAACUCAAUAUUGAUAAACAUAACGUAAACUAGACAGAAAAAUAAAGUCUUUUUCCACAAACUACAAUUUUAUAAAUGUAAUUGAGCUUUUCAAUAAUCCAUCGAUUAAACGCAAAGCGUAAAUAAUCUAUCGCAUGCAAAUAUCAUGAAAUCAAUGAUAUUGCAUUAACGAGAAAUAAAAUUAGCAUUUUUUUAAAAGAUAAUAUAAUGAUACGUCGACCCAAACGGCCCACGAUAUCAGUCGUUGCGCCUUCAAGGAAGCAGUUUCUCGAGGAAUGCCUGGUUUAAUGUCUCAUGCCAGGCCAUAAUGUAAACUUUUUACCUGGCGGAACUCUGGAUUUCCUGCACUGUAAUUACCUGGAGGUGCAAAAACGUCGAGAAGAAUGGCGAAGAAAACGGCGCCCGCAGCAUUGCAGACGGAAGUUGUAAACGAUGAAGAAUGGGCAAAGAUAUUAACACGGAAAGGUUUAGUGGUGGUAGACGUGUACUCGGAUUGGAGUGGUCCUUGCACAGGUAUGGUCAGUAUCCUGAAAAAGAUAAAGAUGGAGAUUGGCGGUGAUGCGCUGAGUUAUGCCACGGCGAGUUGCGAUCGCGUAAACGACUUGAAGAGGUUUCAAGGAAAAAGCGAACCCAUUUGGAUGUUUAUUCACGAAGGGCGAAUGAUAAAUUUAAUGUUUGGAGCGAAUUGUCCGCAGUUCCUGAAAAUGCUGACGACCGAGCUGGAAAGGAUUCAAACUGGUGACGAGCACGAAUUCUCAAUAGACGUUUCCGAGCAGAGUCCAGAAGAGAUAAGGUUACAGAAUAUCCAGGAAGAGACGACAAUAGCCAAAGAGAUAGAGAGGAAAUCUCGAAAACAAGCUGAAACUAAAGCGAGGUACGAGGCGGAGAUGCUGCAUCUGACGACGUCGUUGCGCAACGAGACGUGCCUGCUGUUGUUUCCUUGGGUAUUCAAAGAUGAGGAAGGACACAAACGAGACAAGAAGAUGAGUCCGCCGUACGUGGAACUAAUCGAAGAACUGCUACCAGAGCACUACACAGUGGAGCAAGAAAUGCGUAAACGAUUGAACGAAGAUUUGCUCAAGCAGAUACUCGUCGAGUCGACGUACAGCUUUCCGGCAGCUGCCAAACAGUUGCUUUUCGAUGGCAAGUGCAUGUUUAUGCGAUUGAAGUUUGUCGAGGGAGAACGGGAUCUUGACGUUGAAAAUCAUCUGUGCACUAUCCUGUUUAAUCAACCGGCGUUACCGGAAUCGGAAGAUGACUGGAACGAAGAGUGUUACGCUGGAAAACACUGUCCAGCUUUUGAAGUAUACGAUAGAGAAAGCGGAAAGUUUCCCUUCGUUUGGACACCACCAACUCCUAGGAAUAAAGCAGUCGUUUUCCGCACAAUAUUCACUGUGUAUACCAACACAACGUAUCCGUACGAAGAUAAGAUGACAAAAGUCCCAAUAAUCGUUUUUAAAUACGAUUAUACGCGUAAAAAUGACUUGAGAAUCGUGCUAGAAAUGUUCGAGGAUGAUGUCAUCGAUUUCGGAGUCUUUGAAUACGAUAAACCAACUGAAGCUAAGAUGAUCGCUAAAAGUAUAGAGGAAUUCGAGACGAGCACCGAAGAAAAAACAGGUUACGAAAUAUUCGCCUGUACAGUGAAGAAAGUCGGGUGCGAAGCAUUUUUGGGUUUCGCUGGAAUCGGACCUUUUCAUGUGAGUGAAAAUCCGGAAAAGGCUAUAGAAGAGUCCAAGUUAUAUUUCCCGGAUAUAGCUAUUGUAGAAGAAACGCAAUCGGAUGACGAAGAAAAGCCCGAGGAAGAGAAUCAAGAUAAUGUACCAUAAUUGCUAGAUAAUUACAUACAGAAAUAGUAGAUUGUAAAUAAAUUAAUAUAGCAGUGAAUCCUAAAUACAACAUAAACGAAACUCAAUAAAUAAUAAUGUGUGUUAUAAAAAUGUAAGACAAAGGAACGAAAAAACAUUUGUAAACGGGAAUAAAAAUUCUGGAUAAGUAGUACAAAAAAAA